CAGUAGGAUGGAACUGUUUGAGGAAAUUGAUUCAUAUCAGUCUUAAGCAACCAUCUGUUUCCUUACCGUUAUUUUCUUCUUCAGAUGAGCCCGUGUCUUUUGAUAGAACUAACUAUGCAUACAGCUUGAUAUAGUCCAUAACAUAUAACAAUGGAGGAAGCCUUUUAUCUAUCUGGAGGGAUGGCAGGUGCUCCCAAUCUUAAAAACAGUGAGGUCCUGGAAAGUCUGGUGAAAAAGCAAGCUGCCGAUGGGAAGCUCUAUGCUGCAAUCUGUGCUGCACCUGUAGUGGCACUUGAGUCUUGGGGUGUGCUGAAGGGAUUGAAAGCAACUUGCUAUCCAUCAUUAAUGGAGCAAUUAGCAGCAUCUAGUGCAACUGCUGUUGAAUCAAGAGUGCAGCUAGAUGGCAAAGCUGUGACAAGUCCUGGACCUGGUACUACCAUAGAGUUUGCUGUUGCACUUGUUGAGCAAUUGUAUGGGAAAGAGAAAGCUGAUGAAGUUUCUGGUCCCCUGGUGAUGCGUUCCAACCAUGGGGAUGAAUAUAUCAUAACUGAGCGAAACCCAAUGAAGUGGACUUUCACUGAUUCCCCAAAGAUUCUUGUACCAAUAGCUAAUGGUACAGAGGAAAUGGAAGCUAUAAUGAUCAUUGAUAUUCUCCGACGAGCCAAAGCAACUGUUGUAGUGGCCUCUGUAGAAGAUAAGCUAGACAUUAUUGCUUCUCGCAAAGUUAAGCUGGAAGCGGAUGUGCUCCUGGAUGAAGCGGCCAAACUUUCGUAUGACCUAAUAGUUUUACCUGGUGGACUUGGCGGUGCUCAAGCUUUUGCAAAAUCAGAAACACUUGUGAAUUUAUUGAAAAAGCAGAGGGAAUCAAAUAAGCCUUAUGGAGCUAUAUGUGCUUCACCAGCUUUAGUCUUUGAACCCCAUGGCUUACUCAAGGGAAAAAAGGCUACUGCUUUCCCGGCAAUGUGCGACAAGCUGUCAGAUAAGAGUGAAAUUGAAAAUAGGGUAUUGGUUGAUGGUAACCUCAUCACCAGCAGGGGGCCAGGAACUUCCAUGGAGUUUGCUCUAGGAAUUGUUGAGAAGUUUUUUGGCCGCGAAAAAGCAAUAGAGCUUGCAAAAGUUCUGGUUUUUGUUCGUCCAUAAAACUAUAUUCACCUAGAGAAUGUGGAGAGCGGGAUUCAUGUGCACAUGAAUCCUUGUAUGAGGUUAUGUAUCACGGUUUUGUAUGUAAAUAAAUGUGUAAGGGAUGGAGCUCUGAAUCUUGUGAUAAUUCUAGGUUUAUAUGUCUAAUUUCACUGCCUACUUGAGAGUUUAUCUCUUUGUAGUAUCAUCCUCCUCUGUUCAGAAGUUCUUGAACUUUUUGGACCUUGAAUUUAGCACCUGGUUUUGUGAACUCUAGGCUCUCAGUAUGUACCAGAUAUUGUAUGAAUUUGUUCAUGGGUCGACUCUGGUUUG